GGCAGUGACAGCAGUCAAAGUCAGUCAGCCACAGUCAACAACUCUACCAGGGCUUGCAGAGAGACAUUGAAUAACAUUUUUUUCUGAAUUUUUUGAUAGUUUGUUUGCGUUUGAAGUCGAGCUAAAAACAACAACAUAAUUUAUUAGUUAAGUAUGGAAGACCUGAAAACCGAUGAUAUUCCACCCACAAAUGGUCCAAUUCUCCACGUAAUCGUUAUCGGAUUCCACCACAAAAAAGGAUGCCAGGUCGAGUUUUCAUACCCUCCUCUGGUGCCUGGCGCAGCUUUUGACAGCAAUGAAUGUCCGCCUGGAUGGCACUACUUGCCAACACUUGCUCUCCCUGAUGGCUCUCACAACUACGAAGAUGACACUGUUUAUUUCCACCUGCCAAGCCUCAAAAACUCUCGGGAGACAAUAUUUGGCGUCUCCUGCUUUAGACAAAUUCCUGUCGAGAAAUUGAAAAAUCGUACUCCAGAUAUAACUAGAGGAACAGUUCAAAAGUCUGUAUGUGUGCUGAGUAGGCUGCCUCUUUUUGGACACAUACAAGUCAAAAUGGCUUUAAUCACUCAUGCUUAUUUUGAUGAAGGGGAUUUCAGCAAAGUGUCCUUGCUGGAAGACACCUACAAAAACCUUAAUAGCUGUCUCUCUGAGGACUUACUAGGUUCAAUACAAGUCUUUGAAGGAUUAUCCUUGAGAGAGUUCAUUCUGCAGUUCAAGCACAAAGCUGUGUUGUUGUUCAAGCUGCUGUUGUUAGAGAAACGGGUUAUAUUUUUCAAGUCUCCAGUGCAGCAGCUGUGUGCCACAAUCUUGUCAAUUUUAUCUCUCCAUCCUGGAAUGAUUGAAAAAGGUCUCAAAGAAUCUGCGUGCGUGAAAACUUCGCGCCCCAUGUCACCUCUGCCAAACUUCACCAAUGAAUCGCCUGCCACCACUCCUGAAAGUCCGGAGAAGAGUUUCCCCACCGCGGCUACUUCUAAAGCGAGACUGCCACAUUCCUCAAGUUUGAACAGCUUAGGGGGCCGGCCAGGCAGUGCUUUCUCAGAAGAACCCAGUGCAGGACAGAUAGAUCCUUGCGUCAGUGCGGAUGAAAUGGAAACUGCCAGGAGCAGCGUUACCUCUGCUGUUGCUCAGAUAGAUUCUCAGUCUUGCGGCUUGCCAAUGUCUAUUUUUACCAAAGGCUAUUUGUGCCACCCGUAUUUGUCGCUCCCCUACAUGGACAUGCUCACUGACGUGAACGUCCGAGGCUACAUAAUUGGAGCCACAAAUGUGCUAUUCAAGCAGAAGAACCAGCUGGCGGACGUAUUGGUAGAGGUGGAGGAAACCCGGAUAGAAACGUCUGAUCCUGACCUGAGGCGACAGCUUCACCUGACAACUGAAGACCUGAGAUUUGCGGAUUAUGUGGUAAAACACGUGACCGAGGACGUUUUGGAUGGUGCAGCCUGGGAAGGCGGCGAUGAGUGGAUUCGGGCUCAGUUUAAAGUCUAUUUGCUCUGCAUGCUGCGCACUUCAAUGCUAAAUGAUGGAAACCGUGAAUUGGAUUAUUUUAAUGUGAGCUUCAUCAAUGCGUGGAAAGACACCUACAACUACAAGUACUGGGCAGGAAAAGAAUAUGAUGGUAUUCUAGAUGUGCCGCCAAGACAUCCAUUUGCAGGGCAACUGUCCAUGGCUGACAUGAAAUUGCGCCUUUCUCACACGAUGCAGAACACCGAAGGCGGCAGGAAGCUGAAUCAGGCGAUGAUGAAUACUGGAAGAGCUGUGGCACACACGGGAAAAGCAGUUGGUGGAGCGAUAUCUCAAGCUAAAGGAGCUUUCUCUAGUUGGUGGACAAAUAUGACGAGUCAGCCUAACAAUGGGCAAACAGAAAAAAUUGAUGAGCUACCUGAGGAUGGAUUGGAAGCUGAACCUGAGCUGAUUCUUAGUGAGGAGAAGGGAGAAAACAAAGAGAAAAAGGAUGAGUCUUGGGUUACCCUAGAACAAAUGAGGAAAAACGCCAGGAAAAAUAAAAAUAAUGCGGAUAAUUCCAAUGUUGAAAAGGACAUUGCAGUCCCUGCUGAUUGCAUCAAAGCAGCCGAGGAGAAUGGAAGCAAAGAGGCAGCACAAAAUGAUGAGAAAAGAUAAUUUGAUAAUUUUCCUAGUUAUUUGAAGCCUAGUCUGAUUUGCUCUCGUUAGCACAUAAAUUAAGAUUGUACUUAA